GAAAAGACAGCCAAGAACCUGAUAGAAGUUAGAACCCACCAUCCAUCUCUCUCUCUCUCUCUCUCUCUCUCUCUCACACACACACACACACACACACACAUUCUGCAUGGCCCUGGGUCAAAUCUCCAAUGCCCAGAAGUAUUCCCUCACCAGCUGAGCUUCUGUUUCUACGAAUAGUUUUGGCGUUCCAGGCUUUCGAUGCUCUCCCUUCCCUCUCCCGCUUCCCUUCUUUUUGUUAUUUCCUCGGCCUUCUUCUUCGCGACCCUCUCUCUCUCUGAUCCGAGAGCCAACCUAGCGGCCCUCAUAUGCACCAAUAGUACCACCCCCCUGCCCGACCGCCGGGCCUUCGUCGCCAACUUCGUGGCGGCUAUGGACGCCGUGACCCCUCAAAUCAACGCCCAGCGAUUCGCGUCAGCCGUGGGCGGCGGGACGAGCGGCAACAACACCGUGUACGCGUUCGCGGAGUGCAUGAAGGACCUCGACCAGAUGGACUGCAACCUCUGCGUCGCUCGGGCGAAGACCCAGAUCCUCCGUUGCUUCCCCUUCCAAAUGGGCAUUCGCGGCGGUCGUCUCUUCUACGACGGCUGUUACCUCAGGUACGAUGAUUACAAUUUCUUCAACGAGAGUUUGAGUCCCCAAGAUUCGACAGUGUGUGAUAAUGAAGAUUUUGGAGGGAACGAGACCAUGUUCAGGAACGAUGUUGUGGAGUUGGGGAGGAACUUGAGUUUGCAAGCGCCCAGCAAUGGCGGGUUCUCUGUGGGGUCUGUGAUUCGCGGGAAUGCGUCGGUUUACGGGUUGGCUCAGUGCUGGGAGUUUGUGAACGGGAGCGAAUGCCAGAGCUGUCUUAACGAUACGGCUGCGAGGAUCGGCUCGUGUCCCCCCAAAGAGGAAGGGAGGGGCUUGAAUGCCGGAUGUUAUUUCAUGUAUUCGACCAAGAAGUUUUUCUACAACAACACCGAACCAUUUGGAAGAAAUGAAGGACAGCAACGCUUGAUUAUUCUGGCUGCGGUAUCUUCUACGUUGGCUCUGCUACUAAUUGUUGCACUAGCUGCUUUCCUAGUAAGGAUGAAACUUGUCAGGAAGACCAGAGAAAAGAGGCAAUUGGGACUUCUGGUGGAUGUAGUGAACAAAUCCAAGUUGAACUUUUCCUAUGAAUUGCUCGAGAAGGCCACUGGUUAUUUUCACCAAUCCAGUAAGCUUGGACAAGGAGGGUCCGGCUCUGUUUAUAAGGGAAUUUUGCCUGAUGGGAAGCCUGUUGCAAUCAAAAGGCUGGUAUUUAACACGAGACAGUGGGUCGAGCAUUUCUUCAAUGAAGUAAACUUGAUCAGCGACAUCGAUCAUAAAAAUCUGGUCAAAUUGUUUGGGUGCAGCAUCACCGGCCCUGAGAGCCUUCUCGUUUAUGAAUACAUCCCCAACCUAAGUCUUCACGAUCACCUUUUUGUGAAAAAGAACGUUCCACCCCUAAAUUGGGAGACGAGGUGUAAGAUCAUCUUGGGUACGGCGGAGGGCCUGGCCUAUCUUCAUGAGGAGUCGACCUUAAGGAUCAUACACAGAGACAUUAAAUUAACCAAUGUUCUGCUAGACGAAGACUUCACUGCCAAGAUUGCUGAUUUUGGACUAGCUAGGUUAUUUCCAGAAGAUGCGACUCAUAUCAGCACCGCUGUCGCCGGUACAUUGGGCUACAUGGCUCCAGAGUAUGUUGUUCGCGGCAAAUUGACCGAAAAGGCUGAUGUCUACAGCUAUGGCGUUCUCAUGAUGGAAGUACUCAGUGGAAAGAAGAAUUUUACCUUCUCCCGGAGUUCCUUUUCCAUGUUACAAAUGGUGUGGAAUCUGUAUGAAUCGGGUAGGCUGUGCGAGGCCAUAGAUCCAAUUCUGGAGGGGCAAUUUCAAGAGGAGGAGGCAUCUAGGUUACUUCAAAUUGGUCUAUUGUGCGUGCAAGCCUCUGCAGAAUUGCGGCCAUCAAUGUCGGUGGUCGUGAAGAUGCUGAACAAAAGCUUCGAAAUACCUACGCCAACGCAACCGCCGUUCCUCAUUUCCAGUCGAAGCACAGAAUGCAGUCGGCACGUGUUUAGCGGACCUUAUAGUUCUCCCCAGAAGUCAGACACGCAGUCUACUGGCAAUGCGACGAUGACUGAGAGCUGGUUUGAGCCUAGAUAACAUUUUGUUUCCGAUGCAUCACUGGCUCUGUCGUUCCCAAAUUAAAUCCGCGAAGCUUCUCCCAGGGGUUUGCAUGCCGACUCAAGUUAUGAAAUGGGAUAAUAAUCUUGUGGAUGUUCUGGCAACGCAAUAUACGAGCUUCUUA